AUGGCCGCUUCAGGGCGUCUGCUAGCAGCACCGCCGUCGACGGCGGUGCUCUUUCUCGCGCUUUCGCUGGUCGUAACCAGUUUCAUGCAUGUAACUUCAGGUCACCCGGCUUUGCGGGAAGAUGAUGACGAUGCCACCCGCCGUCUGAGCGGCGGUGGAGGCGACAAGAACAAAACCGUGCCGUUUAACUCAUGGAGCAACGCCAUCGACACGCUCCAAUACGUGCUGGCCUUCGUGGUUGUCCUCGUGGCAGCACACCCGCUUGGUCUUUUCUUCCCCAAAUUAUUCAAGCUCCCGCUUAUCACGGGCUACCUGGUCAUUGGUGUCAUUGCCGGCCCCUUUGUAUCCAACCUCUUGACCGAGGGGCUAGUGAAAAUGCUGUCAAGCUAUGUCAGUGCAUUGGCACUGUCGUUCAUCUCGUUCCAGGCAGGACAGGAGAUUUAUCUGCCGGAACUUAAGCCGCAACUCAAGCCUAUCAUGAUUCUUCUCGGUGUGCUGUACUGUACGGCCAUGGUGAUUCUUUCAGCUGGUGUGUUGAUGAUGGAGAGCGCCUUCUUCUACGACGACAUGGGCAUGGCGUGUCAAUUGGGCAUCGCUCUCAUGUUCGGUUCCAUCUCCGUAUUGGGUUCACCGGCCACUGUCAUGGCCAUCAAGAUCGAGCUGAACAGUGUGGGUCCGUUCACGAGUCUGAUGCUCGGUGCUACGAUGACAGCCGAGUUCAUCGUGCUCAUUUCGUUCUCGAUUUCUCGUAUCGUGACCUCCAUCUACUGCGCCAAACUGGAUGUGUCAAUGCUCAACUUGAUGUAUACCAUGACUAUUGUGCUGUCCAACAUCUUGGUGGGUGUUCUUCUAGCUGGAGUGACGCUCCUCAUUUUUAAAAUCCCUGGCGGGGAGCAUCACCACCACGACGACCACGGCGCUGAACACGAAUCUGCGUUACCAAACAUGUCGUACACGGAUCAGAAAACCAAUGAAAAGGUGGCCCCUAUCAACCCGAACAUGGAGCCCCACCCGCACAACGGAGCAGACAGAGAGUUUUCCAUGGACGAACUGCACACUCCUCCUCCUUCGACUUGCUGUUUGUCGCCUAAAGCCGUGUUGUCGCUCAAGGGCUUCAUUUGGCUUUCGAUGGGCUACAUGUUCUACAUCUCCAGUAGUCUUGUAGCUGAAGCUACCGCCGCAGCCUUCGGUUUGUCGUGGGAAAUUAAAUUCGAAGCGCUGCUUGUGCUCAUGAUUGCGUCGUGUAUCGCUGGCCACCACACGGGAAUCCGUCACGACAUGCACGUGAUCCUCGACACGGCGGCGCCGUACAUGUUCCUGCCGUUCUUCGUUAUGACCGGUGCAGCACUGAAGCUGGACCAGGUCGUGGCGGCCAUUCCGCUUAUGAGUCUGUACGUCAUCCUCCGGUAUAUCGCAAUUUUCAUCGCUUGCUACUUCGGUGGCCGCUACAUUCUCAAGCUGACGCCGAGGCAGUACAACAACCUGUGGCUCACGAUGACGCCUCAGGCUGGUGUGGCCCUAGGUCUGGCCAAUGAGGUGCAAGCGAUGAGUGAAGAAUCGUGGGCUGCCGAGUUCUCAGCGACGAUUGUGGCCGCCGUGGUGGUGAACCAGAUCAUCGGUCCGGUCCUGUGUGCCAUGGGUUUGAGUCGAGCCGAGCAUGCACGGCGUCAGUUUGAAGUCAGUCGACGAAUGUCAAGUCCUGGUAUUACGAUGGGCAACGGAGACCCUCGAUCGCUGCUGCCGUUCUACAAGGUACAGAACGCAGUCGUCAUCGGAGACGAUGAAACCGCCUUCGAGGUCGCUCUCGAGCUCUCACUCUACGGCGCACAGGUCAACGUUCCUCUGUUGGACGAAGAACGUACCAGCAAGUGGCAGAAGAUGAACGAAACAAUCCUUAAACGUACGGCUAAGGGGGACCUCAUCUCGUACAAGAACACUCUCAAGGACCGUGACAAUGCACAGGCCAUGUCUUCAGCUGACGUGUUGAUCUUUACAGGCGACGCUAAUCGUACGCGCGAGAACGUGCAUUUACUCAAGUCUUUGCUUGGUGCUUCUCACCCUCGGAUGAUCGCAUUGGUACCGGACUGCAAGUUCAGCAAGGAGAUGAAGGCGCUGGGUGUGCUGGUGAUCCAGCCGUCUAUCGCUCUGGCCAAUAUUGCGACCCGUAUGGCCUUGUUGGACCAGAAAUUGGCAGAAGCUCUUUCGAACGAGAUCAGUACCACAAGCGACUUCAGUACGGCUUCGUACUUCUUGCGUGGCGACGGCGACCUCGCGAAUAUGCGUCUGGAAGGACGUCGUCUGGCACUGGGUCGCAACGUGGUGAACCACCACUCGGUGGACUACGACCGUCUGGCCGAGGCGCUUCACUCGGAGAAGUUGCCAAUGCCACCGCCUCCGUCACGUGUUUCCAUGUUCGGUAUCUCAUCGGCUGCCAGGUUUGACCCGUUCAAGCGUGACAGGAACAACUCGGAGUUUUUCGUCAUGCACGACGAUAAUGAUACCGAAGAGAUCAUUCUGGAUGCUCAGUAUGGACCGUAUUCGUCUCGAGGCAACCCUCGACUAAGUCUCCAGCGAUCAUCAAUUCAACUUGGAGCGAGUCGCGUGCAACGUGGCGGUGGCCGAGGAAGACACACGCCCGGACGUACCAAACCCGGGUAUUAA